AUGGCCGGCGGCCAAAAGACGCAGCGUUCUGCACCGCAAACCCCAACACUUGAAGUUACAGGACUGCCUCCGUUUGUCACACUCAGGAUUUCACCUCAAAGACUGCGCGCAUCGAAUCUACCAGAGACACCUGCGCGAUGGAUGUGGCCCACGAACAGAGGGAUUGAACUUAUUGAGGGAGAUUCGAGCGUGAUGAACGCGCAAGACGCCUGGAAUGAGAAUUUGGCGAUGAAUCCGGCCAUGGAAGUUGAUGGCACCGCCGCCGCUAAUCAUCCUCCCGCCAACGGAUCCCUACAGCCGCCAGAUGCUGAGACAUCCACCAAUCAAAACAAGAAAUCUCAGACCAAGGGUCGUAAUAAAGCGAAGGGCAGUCCCAUGCUCCAUCCUCCCGCCCAUCAUCGCCAAAGACGCGGCAAAUCCAGCAAAUCCAGCAAAUCCAGCAUCAAGCACGAAGAAUCUUUCUCCACACUCAGCAGACGUCGAACCAAAGGGACAGCAGCCACUGCAGCCAGGACAUCCUCCAGAAGGGUGACUCUCACAGCCGAACACGAAGUCCUGCACAUCGACUCCUCUCCCCACCAACGUCUGGAUGAAGACGAUCGAACACUUAGCGACGCCGAUGACGUGAAUUCCUUCCAGUUUGCCAGCGAAGACGACACGAUGUCCGACGCAUCAGAGCAGCACGCCUUGCCGCCGCCACAACGUCCUUCGCUCAAACUCAAGCUCAGUAAGCCGGUCAUACCACAAGUCGAAGGAAAUCAAGGUGCGCAGACACCGGCUGCCACCAGCGCGACGCGGACACCGUCGAUCAAGCUCAAGUUCGGAGCCACACCGACUCUAGGCUCCGCGAAGGCAGCUAAUAAAGAGGAGGAUACCAUCACAGUUACGCCGGUUUCCUCUACCAAGAAACGAAAACGACCCUACAAUGCGAAUGAGUCCGAAGACGAAAUCGCGCGGCCUGCCCCGAAGCCUCCCGUCUUUCGCAAGCUCACUCUGAAGACAGAUCCCAGUCCGCGGAACCCGCCCCCGGUCCCGAAGCCUGCACCUUCCAAAGUGAUCAAGAUUAAAGCGAAAGGCAAACCACCCAAAAGACCCCUUGGUGUGGGCUACGACUCGGAACUCGAAGAGCGGGAGGCUGAUCCCGUCAUACACGAGGGCUUUAUCUUGCGCAUGCAGCCUGGACCAGAUUGUGAUUAUCUGCGAAAAGCCAUUGCAGAUGGCACUGUCGGCCUGCCACGUGCACAAGGAGGAGCUGAUGUCCGGAUGAGAAUGCUCGACACCUCGGGUAGAAGAGGCAUCAUGAUUAUCAGAGGCAAUCAGUACGCCACAACGCUGGUGGAUCUCCCCUGCAUCAUUGAGGGCAUGAAGUCUUGGGACAAGAAGGGCUGGAUCAAGAGUGUCGACAUCAGCCAAAUGCUGUUGGUUUUGGGCCGCUGCAAUACGGAUGAAGAAGCGAGAAACUACCCCCUUCCCGAAGACGUCGAUCCGAAUAAUUACCAAUAUGCCCACGGAAUAACUGCGCCUAUGAAGUGGGUUCGGAAGCGCCGCUUUGCUAGGACCAAACGUGCCAGAGUUGAUGACAUCGAGGCUAUCGAGCGAAGGGUCAACGCUCUCCUUGAGGCGGACAAAGCUGCGCUUUCGACGAAAUACCAACUCCUAGACCACGACCCCCGUCUUGAUGAGGAGCGGUACAGCUCCGGACUCGAGGGCGAGGAUGAUGACGCCGAGGCUGAGUAUGAUGAUGACCCCGAAGGCUACUUUGACCCUAGAAACGAGCAAAAUGGAGGUGACCUUGAGACGCCAAUGUUCACUGAGACUCCGGUAGAAGAUAUUGGUCAGGACGAGGUCGACGAGUUUGAGAGGAUGUUUGCCGGCGAUGACGACCUGCCGGCGGCAGAUCCUGCACCACAGACCCGUGAUACCUUGCACGUCCCGGAAGUGGGUGAUUCCUCGUUCGGCGUCACUAGCACCUCGGCUUCUCCUUCUGUGACUGUGGCCCACACCCCUGCUUCCGCGGCAGAGGCGUCUUCAGACGAGGACGAAGAGGAUGAUGGGGGAGAUGAUGACGAAGACCUGGACGACGCUGAGAAGGAGGGUGACGAGAACCUGCAGCAGAUCAAGGACAGGAUCCAAGAUAUGCAACAGAAAAUCACGGAGCAGACUGAAGUGCUUAAGCAGACGCAGAACGCAAUUCUCAAGAAGAAACUUGCCAGGAAGAUUCAGGAUCUCAAAGAUGACGUGGCCAUGAUGAAGAAGAAUGCCGGCCUGGGUGGUGAUGAAGAUGAGGACUAA